AUGCGUGAGAUCGUCCACCUCCAGACCGGCCAGUGCGGUAACCAAAUUGGUGCCGCCUUCUGGCAAACCAUUGCUGGUGAGCAUGGUCUUGACGGCGAUGGCCAGUACGCUGGUGUUUCCGACCUCCAGCGCGAGCGCAUGAACGUCUACUUCAACGAGGCUAGCAACGACAAGUACGUUCCCCGUGCCGUUCUGGUCGACUUGGAGCCUGGUACCAUGGACGCUGUCCGUGCCGGCCCCUUCGGCAAGCUCUUCCGUCCCGACAACUUCGUCUUCGGCCAGUCUGGUGCUGGUAACAACUGGGCCAAGGGUCACUACACUGAGGGUGCCGAGCUCGUCGACCAGGUCAUCGAUGUCGUCCGCCGCGAGGCUGAGGGCUGUGACUGCCUCCAGGGUUUCCAGAUCACUCACUCCCUGGGUGGUGGUACCGGUGCCGGUAUGGGUACCCUCCUGAUCUCCAAGAUCCGUGAGGAGUUCCCCGACCGCAUGAUGGCUACCUUCUCCGUUGUCCCCUCCCCCAAGGUUUCGGACACCGUCGUUGAGCCCUACAACGCUACUCUUUCCGUCCACCAGCUCGUUGAGCACUCCGACGAGACCUUCUGUAUCGAUAACGAGGCUCUGUACGACAUUUGCAUGCGUACCCUCAAGCUCAACCAGCCCUCGUACGGUGACCUGAACCACCUGGUUUCCGCUGUCAUGUCCGGUGUCACCACCUCCCUCCGUUUCCCCGGUCAGCUCAACUCCGAUCUCCGCAAGCUUGCCGUCAACAUGGUUCCCUUCCCUCGCCUGCACUUCUUCAUGGUCGGCUUCGCUCCCCUGACCAGCCGAAAUGCCCGCGAUUACCGCCAGGUCAGCGUCCCCGAGCUGACCCAGCAGAUGUUCGACCCCAAGAACAUGAUGGCUGCCUCUGACUUCCGCAACGGCCGUUACCUCACCUGCUCCGCUCUCUUCCGCGGUAAGGUCUCCAUGAAGGAGGUUGAGGACCAGAUGCGUAACGUCCAGAACAAGAACCAGAGCUACUUCGUUGAGUGGAUCCCCAACAACGUGCAGACCGCUCUCUGCUCCGUUCCCCCCCCGUGGCCUCCGCAUGUCCUCCACCUUCGUCGUGCCAUGUUCCGUCGCAAGGCUUUCUUGCACUGGUACACUGGUGAGGGUAUGGACGAGAUGGAGUUCACUGAGGCUGAGUCCAACAUGAACGACCUUGUCUCCGAGUACCAGCAGUACCAGGAGGCCUCCAUCGACGAGGAGGAGGAGUACAUGGGUGAGGACAUUGUCGACGAGGAGGAGGUCUAA